AUGAAUAAAGUGAACAAGGUUUUGAAGAUCCUUAAGAAGUCAUCGAGAAGGAGGAAGAGAUGGAGAGAGGAGCUGAGGGUGGAGGAGGAAGGGGAGAGCCGGGAACUCUGUGACCCGGGUGAUUUGUGCUGCCUGCACCUUUGUUGUACCGGUGACGAUGGCCCUUACUUGAAGGGGAGCAAGGACUCUGGUGGGAUGGACGCAGCCCUAGUCUCCAGGAGGCAAAGCAUCCCAGAGGAGUUCAGAGGGGUCACCAUUGUGGAGCUGAUUAAGAAGGAGGGAAGCACCCUUGGGUUAACCAUUUCAGGUGGCACGGACAAAGAUGGAAAACCAAGAGUCUCCAAUCUGAGGCCAGGAGGACUGGCUGCAAGAAGUGCUCAGCUGAACGUUGGGGAUUACAUCAAGUCAGUGAAUGGCAUUAACCUGACCAAGCUGCGGCACGAUGAGAUCAUAAGCCUGCUGAAAAACGUGGGCGAAAGGGUAGUGCUGGAAGUAGAGUAUGAGCUUCCGCCAGCCGUGCCAGAGAGCAGUGCUGGCAUUAUUCCCAAGACCAUCGAGGUGUCCCUCUACAAGGAAGGCAACAGCUUUGGCUUUGUGCUGAGAGGGGGAGCCCAUGAAGACUGGCACAAGUCCAGACCGCUGGUGCUCACCUACGUGAGGCCUGGUGGCCCAGCAGACAGGGAAGGGUCCUUGAAAAUUGGGGACAGGCUGCUGAGCGUCGAUGGGAUCCCUCUGCACAGCAUGACCCACGCUGACGCCCUCAACAUCCUGCGGCAGUGCAGCCAGGAGGCACUCUUCCAGAUCGAGUAUGAUGUGACCAUCAUGGAUACUGUAGCAAAUGCUUCAGGUCCUUUACUAGUUGAAAUAGCAAAGACUCCGGGGUCUACGCUAGGAAUCACACUGAUGACAACCAUGCACCGGAACAAGCAGGUCAUUGUCAUCGACAAGAUCAAGCCAGCCAGCGUGGUGGACAGAUGUGGCGCGUUGCAUGUUGGUGACCAUAUUCUCUCCAUUGAUGGUACGAGUACAGAGCACUGCUCCUUAUUAGAAGCAACUCAGCUUUUAGCUGCCACUUCGGAAAAUGUCAAGCUGGAGAUAUUACCUGUUCACCAAAGCAGGCUGCCUUUGAAGCCUCCAGAAACAGUCAAGGUGCAGAAGAGCGACCACCACCAUUGCUGGGACCCCUGUGUCAACUACUGUCACACCCACCACCCCGGGCACUGUAAGACGCCCACGUGGAACCAGACGUCUGGACAGGAUUACUGCAAAUCUCUGGUGGCUGCCAACUUCUCGUCUCCCACCAUGACUGCGCAGGGCUUCCCCUGCCAGAACUCGAACACACUACCUCGCAGCUCCCACCCCAUGAGCCCCCGCACAACCAUGCUGAGGAGGAGGCAGAAGAAGAAGGAGCACAAGAGCUCACUGUCGCUGGCCUCCAGCACAGUGGGUCCUGGUGGGCAGAUAGUCCACACGGAGACAACAGAGGUGGUGCUCAGGGGAGACCCAUUGAAUGGCUUCGGACUUCAGCUCCAGGGAGGCAUCUUUGCUACCGAAACCCUGUCUUCCCCACCUCUCGUCCGUUUUAUUGAGCCCGACAGCCCGGCAGAGAGGUGUGGGCUGCUGCAAGUAGGAGACAGAGUCCUUUCUAUCAAUGGCAUUGCAACUGAGGAUGGGACUAUGGAGGAAGCUAAUCAGCUUUUGCGUGAUGCUGCGCUCACGAACAAAGUGGUGCUCGAGAUUGAAUUUGAUGUCGCAGAGUCUGUCAUACCCAGCAGCGGUACUUUCCAUGUCAAAUUGCCCAAGAAAAGGGGUGUAGAGCUUGGAAUUACAAUCAGCUCUGCAAGCAGAAAGCCUGGGGAGCCUUUGAUCAUCUCUGACAUCAAGAAGGGGAGCGUAGCACAUAGAACUGGCACCUUGGAGCCGGGAGACAAGCUGUUAGCCAUUGAUAACAUCCGACUCGACAAUUGCUCAAUGGAGGAUGCUGUCCAGAUUUUAAGGCAGUGUGAAGACCUGGUCAAAUUGAAGAUUAGGAAGGAUGAAGAUAACUCUGAUGAGCAGGAGACAACCGGUGCUAUUAUCUACACAGUGGAACUGAAGCGAUAUGGUGGCCCCUUGGGAAUAACCAUCUCUGGGACGGAGGAACCUUUCGAUCCUAUCGUCAUUUCGGGCUUGACUAAACGAGGGCUGGCAGAAAGAACCGGAGCCAUCCAUGUCGGUGACCGGAUAUUAGCGAUUAAUAACGUGAGCCUCAAGGGCAAACCGCUGAGUGAAGCCAUUCAUCUGCUGCAGAUGGCGGGAGAGACGGUCACUCUGAAGAUCAAGAAGCAGACGGAGAAAUCCUAUCCCAAGAAGUCGGGGAGUGUAAACGAAGUGAGCGAUCCAGAAGAUGAACUGAUGGACUCCCAGAAAACUAGCAAGCUGUCUGAGUUAUACUCCACCACAAUUCCUAGCGUGGACAGUGCUAUGGAGUCCUGGGAUGGCUCUGGCAUUGAUGCUGGGUUUGGAAGCCAAGGUACGUACAUACCUCAGGCUGCCGGCAUAGCCCUCCAUCCACACGAAUGGAGACACAGCAGGCAAAAGAGCAGCACCCCUCCAGGGGACCCCAGGAAAAACUACCCCUACAUGGAUGGAAGCUUCAGUGAAGACGACUGGGACAAGCCCAGCAGAUACCCCAACCGCCAAAAUGGCCUUGAGACCACUCAUGAGGAUAGUUUUUGGCGUGUUUUUGGAGAAGCUUUGGAGGAUUUGGAAACAUGCGGCCAGUCUGAACUUUUGAGGGAGAUUGAGGCAUCCAUUAUGACGGGGAGCGUGCAUAACCUGGGCCUGGAGGGCAGCAAGCUGCUCCUGGACUCUGUCAACCCAUCGGGACUGAGCCCAUUGAGGAAAGCAAACUCCAGCUGUGAUGAUGGACAGACCGAGGGUAGCAGCUCCCCUGCCAAGAAGAACGAGAGGAACCUGGACAUGAAGAAGAUUGAGAAGGAGAUGCAGGAAAUCAUGUCCCCUACCCCCCUCGAGUUUCACAAGAUGACACUCCACAAAGACCCAGAGAGCGAAGACUUCGGAUUCAGUGUGUCAGACGGCCUGUUAGAAAAAGGUGUCUAUGUAAAUAUGGUCCGUCCGGAUGGGCCAGCAGAUCAGUGUGGCCUCAAGCCAUAUGACAGAGUGCUUCAGGUAAACCGCAUCCGAACGAGAGACUUUGACUGCUGUCUGGCUGUUCCCCUGAUUUCGGAGGCCGGAGAUAAGCUGGACCUGGUGAUUAGCCGAAACCCCUUGGCACUGGCUGCCAACGCUCCCCCAGAGGGGAACGGAGAGCUGCCGGCACAGGUGGCCUGUGGCGCCGAGGUCAAGGCAAGCGUCCAGAUGCUCUGA